GAUGCCCUGGACCAACAUGGCGGACAUUCGUGCCCGCCCCCUGGGUUUUCUCCCGUAGCGCGUCGCCCGCCUCCGGGGUGCUCGACGAGAUGGCUAACUCGAUGACAGUUUCCAGCAAACUACGGGGCCUGCUGAUGCAGCAGCUGAGAGGUACCAGCCAGCUGUACUUCAACGUCACCCUUCGCUCGCUGAGCUCCUCCGCACCAGAGGCCUCCAAAAGAGCCCCCGAGGAAUUCUCAGACCACAGCUACGAGUCCAUUCAAGUGACGUCUGCCCACGAGCACGUUCUCCAUGUACAGCUAAACCGGCCAGAGAAGAGGAACGCCAUGAACAGGGCCUUCUGGAGGGAGUUGGUGGAAUGCUUCCAAAAGAUAUCUAAAGACUCCAACUGUCGGGCUGUCGUGAUUUCUGGUGCAGGAAAAAUGUUCACGUCAGGUAUUGACCUCGUGGACAUGGCCUCAGAGUUCCUGCAGCCCUCGGGCGACGAUGCGGCCCGCAUCGCCUGGUACCUCCGAGACCUCAUCAGCCAGUACCAGAAGACCUUCACUGUCAUCGAGAAGUGCCCCAAGCCGGUGAUCGCUGCCAUUCACGGAGGCUGCAUUGGCGGAGGUGUGGAUCUCAUCUCAGCCUGUGACAUUCGCUACUGUGCCCAGGAUGCUUUCUUCCAGAUCAAGGAGGUGGACGUGGGCCUGGCCGCCGACGUGGGGACCCUGCAGCGACUGCCCAAGGUCAUCGGGAACCAGAGCCUCGUCAACGAGCUGACCUUCACCGCUCGCAAGAUGAUGGCUGAUGAGGCCCUGGACAGUGGGCUGGUCAGCCGGGUGUUCCCAGAUAAGGACCUCAUGCUGAAUGCAGCCUUUGCCCUGGCCGCUGAUAUUUCCAGCAAGAGCCCUGUGGCUGUGCAGGGGUCAAAAGUCAAUCUAGUCUACUCCCGAAACCAUUCUGUGGAUGAGAGCCUUGACUACAUGGCCACCUGGAACAUGAGCAUGCUGCAGACCCAGGACAUCAUGAAGUCAGUCCAGGCAGCCAUGGAGAAGAAGGACCCCAAAAACGUCACUUUCUCCAAGCUCUGAGCGCCUUCCAGGCCCUGACGGAGGAAGGCCCAGUGAGGUCAGAGUGGCCGGCUUCUCCAGCGUGGUCUCCAGUGUAUGGCUUUAGGCUUCGGUCCGGGCCUUACCUUCACUGUGAAUGCUAGCGCUUGAACACGGCUGUGAACAAUAAAGUUUGAACACGG